AGCUUAGUUUGCCUUGUAGAGAGGAGCAGGAGUCACAGUCCUCAACACACAGCAGUUUACUUUCACUCUGCUGGACUCUCAGGCAGUCCAGCUGCACACUUCCACUCCCUCUCUCCUCAACAAUCUUCCAGCAGUUUGAGGCAAGACUCUGCGGGGAAACAGCUUCCAGCACAGAGAAGUGAAAACACAACUUGAGAGAAACUUCAAGAGGCAGCCAUGAAGGACAAAGUGAGAAGAGGAGGAGGAAGAAAUCAAGCCAAGACUGAUGUAAUCAGCCAGGCUGGUGGAAAUGAUGCCGCUGGUAUGAAGCAAGAUGAGGACACAUCGUUCUCUAUGAAGAUCCAGGGAGCUGGAGUGGAGCCAUUUGAACUGCAGGUGCAUGGAUUUUGGCGUGUUCAAGAUGCAGUAAUGGCUCUGCUUUCGAGGAAUGAGGUGUCUCCACGUUCCAACUUGUCACUGGCACUGGCUGGAACGACUCUGGAUCCUCUUGCAGAGCUGCAGAGCCUCAAGGGCCUUAAAGCAGGAACCAUUGUUCGCCUGGUGGAAGAGCCCUACACUUCCCGCUCAGCCAGGCUCCAUCUGGCUCGUGUCCUGGAGCUGCUGAGAACAUCCGGACCUCAGGAUGCUCUGAGAGAAGGACGUUCACCGAGUGUCCUGGAGACACUCACACAUACUCAAACAUCAGAUUCCGGUCUGCCGAAUGGAAAGAGCCUGAAACGCUCUUUGAGCAACAUGAAAACAGAGUCAGCCAACCAAGAUGGAGCUCCACCUGAGUACCUCCUCCCUGGUUCUUCAGAAAGGCCGCUCAUGGCUCUGCUGCCUCAUAGCUCCCAACCAGAAGCUCCCAGACACCUGAGGGAUCUGUCUCUCAGCUGCUGGAACCCACCUCCAGGACACAGAAAACUGCAGGGAGACUUUCUGUACAUCACCGUGGUGACAAUAGAGGGAAAACGCUAUGACAUCACAUCAUGUCCAAAAGGUUUCUUCCUGAAUAGGUCUACAGAAGAUGUGUUUGAUCCUCGUCCUGCACAGUCCUCCUCAGUGUUUCACUGCUUCACUGACCUGCUCUGUCACAUCAGUCCUGCCUUCAGACAAACCUUUAACACACUCAAAAACAGACCUCAGCAAACACCAGUAGAGAUGAUCCCCACCCCUUACCACACCCUGAGCUGGCUCGGGCCUUCCUGCGCCUCUCGCACUCACAGAAACACCUUCUGUCGACUGGGAUUGGAGGAACAGGCAGCAACACAGGCUCCAGACUGGAAUGAGGAGUUGCAAGCAGCCAGAGAUCUUCCACAAGGAAGUCUGGAGGAGAGGCUGCAGAGAGACAGAACUCUGCUGCAGGUAAACAGUGCAUUUGUGAGAGCUGUCAUGCAGGGGGCAGAGACGGUGGUGGAUGGCUUUGUUGAGCCAGCAAAUGGAAACCCAGAGGACCCAGCUUUCCUGUGGGGUGGACUGUUCAUGAGCCAGGGGGCAGCAAGUGCAAUGUUUGGUGGCGAAAGAGGACGCAGGGCCGCUCAGAGGCUGGAGCUUAAAGGUGUACAGGCUUACAGUGACUUAGAUGGACUGCAGGGGCUGCACACUCUACCUACAGCCGUCGUCGACUACAGAGGAGUACGUCUGUCUGCUCAGGGUCUGGCUCCCGGCUUGGAAGGCUCAGAGCAGGACCAGGAAACCACUCCUGCCUCAAGAGGUUUGCUCUAUGGGGUAAAUGCCGGACCCCAGGAGUCCAGCCAACGCAGACAGCUGCUUGCACUCUUGGCUCAUGCAGCCAAAUUUCUUUCCCUCCAGAGGCAUGUUGUUGUGGCACCCAACGGUCACAAGGUACCACUGUUCACCUCUGUGGAUGCUCAGGGACUGCUGGGGGCCGAUGGGAGGUUCUACAUACUGGACGUGUUCAGGACUUUCCCAGCUGACGCCAACUUCUGUCCAGAGGUGGAGACAGAAGGUCAGUCAGUCACUGGAGAGGAGGAGAGUGAUCCAAACUGCAAUGAGGUUGAAGAGAAGAAGGGUUGUGUAAAAGAAGGCUGGCCAGAGAGUUAUCAUGAAAACUCUGGGCUUCCAAACAGCUUCCCUCAUGGCCUCUGUAGACUGACGCCAGAGCUGGUGCAGGCCUUCAUCCAGCACAAACAUUUCCAGUUCACUCAGCAUGUCAGGAAGAAGUUGGAUGAAAAUGGAGGCUUUGAAGAAUGUGCAACAGCUGGUGACUCUCGAGCCACCGAAGCAGUACGAGCUGCAUGUAAAGACGUGGGCUCAGUUAGUGACAUCAUCUUUGAGAUGCGCUUUAUCCCAAAUGUUUUUUCUCCAGGGAUAUCUUUUCCUCCUGGUGAAAGCAAAUCAACGAAGCUGCAAGAGAGGUUGCUGAGGGAGGCUGCAGCUUUCAUCAUCACGCACCAGAUACCUGCCUUUGUUCAGCACUGUCUGCAAAGCAACGAGGCACCAAUGGACGGAGCUUCUCUCAAACAGGAGCUACGCAAGAGAGGCGUCAACCUGCGGUACCUGGGCCAUGUGUUCAAGGCCAUUAGCCAGUCAGAACACAAGGAGCGCCUGAGGCAUAUAAUGAGGACGGUCAUAAGUGAAAUUUUUAUCCGCUCAACAAGAAGAGUGUUCAACAGUUUCCUCCAGGGUGUGGACGUUCCUAGUGUCUCUGCAGCUGUGAGUCACUUUCUCAACUGCCUGUUGGUUCCCCACUUCACACCCACCUCUGUAGGGGAGGAAAGCAAGAAGAAGUCAAGGCGGCGAGGGCGAGGGGCCGGUGCCGGGGCCUGUGAAAGCACGCCCUGGAGCACGCUCACCGGCUCAGAGUUGUGGAAUCUGGUCUGCCAGGAUGCUGUUGAAACAUAUAACAUCUCUGACUGCCUGGGUUCUGGUCCCAACCACCUGGUGGAACAAUACGGCCUUCAGAAGCUCUCCUUGCUCAGAGAGUUCUGUUUAAAGACAGGAGUGCAGUUGAGACUGAGAGACUACUUCCUCGACAACCAAAACAAAGCUCCCAUUGGUCCAGACGACAUCCUCAACAUCUUCCCUGUCGUCAAGCACGUUCACAUGCCGACUGUGGAUGCUUCAAAAGCGUACCGUGCUGCACUGAACUUUAUUCAGAAGGGUCUGCUGGAUCAGGCCCAUGAGCACCUGAAAGAAGCAACCUACCUGUUUGGUAGAGUGUGUGAUGAUCUGCAGCCUGAAGCCUGUUAUUGCCACAGCUUGUUUGCCAGAGUGGCCUACCUGCAGGGGAAACCGGCCGAGGCUCGCAGUGUCCAGCUGAAAGCAGUGGUGAUCAGUGAGAGGGUUCUUGGCUUUGACCAUCCAACCACCAUCCAGCAAUAUGCCCUCUUGGGAGUGUAUAUGUAUGCUGGAGGGGAGACUGCCUUGGCUCAGAAGUGUCUCCUCAGAGCUCGUCUACUAAUGCUAACAGUACAUGGAGAGGACCAUCCAUACACUGCGACACUGGAUAGCUGUCUUGGGCUGAUGCUGACAGAAGAGCAGAGAGGGCAGUUCCUAAAGAACGCUCUAAGACUUAACACCUCCUUCUUUGGCCCCACAGAUCUGCAUACUGCUCUCAGUGAGCACCUGCUGGCUCAGUGGAUGUGCAGCAAGGGUGACUACAGAAAUGCAAUGACUCAUGAGAAAGAGGCCCUCGCUGCUUUCACCUCACUGUUUGGAGAGGAUCACGCACAGACACGCUGCAGCAAAGAGUUCCUGAGCACCAUAACCAAGCAAGCAGUGAAGGUGGAACGUAGUCUGAGACAGGCAGGAGCUGACUGCUCUGAGCAAACUGUGGAGUGUCUAAGCCCAACAACAGAGACCAUUCUGGAGCAGAUGGUUCUGGUUACAGGGAUCAGGAGGAUCGCACAGAGUGACCGUCUCCAGGAGUACAAACAAAAACACCUUGAACUAAAGGCUGCAGUGCAGAGAGAGCUGGGACUUAUACCACCUAAUGGGCCUGCCGCCUCAGAGGCUGUGAACGGAGAAGAGAAAAGCUCAGAACAAGAAACAGGAUGCGGGAAGGAAGCCGAGGAUGGAGGAAACCCAGCAGCGGAGAAUACCAGCGAGAGCCAACAGGAGCAGCCAGUGGAAGAAGUGUCUGUGGACAGCACUGCUACAGUUUCUGCUAAUGGUCAUGAGGUGGAGUCAGCUGUGGAAAACCAGCAUGAGGAGAAAACAGAUGCAGAAAGCGAGGGAGCAGCUUCAGAUGUUGAGGUUAAGGUAGUGAAUGAAAGUGUUGAGAUGAAGUCAGAUGCAGUUGAGGAAAAUGGUGAAAUUAAUGGAGCAGAGGAAAUCAUUGUUAGCCCAUCGGUCCUUAAGAGUGAGGUGACCUGGGCAGCUGUUGUUUCAAAACCAGUCAUAACCAAUGGGACAGAAGACAAAGUCUCAGCAGUAAAUGGAGUAGAAGACGGUGUCACUGUCAAUGGAACUGCUGAAGAGUGAACACAUAGCAAACAAGGAGUUGUAGUAGUCACUGCUGUAAGAUAAAACUCUCCCAGGAUUCUUGAUGUGAUUCAAUCCAGUGAACACAAACAACAGAAGUGGCAGAGUGAGAGGAUUAACUUGUGUUGGAGAUGUUACACUAUCACUGAUGCUGUCACAGGGCUGUGAUGUCGAGCCUUUUCUUUCCAACAAUAAACUUUUUACUCUGGUGCAUUUAACAUGUGCCUUCCCUCCCCCUUUUUUGUUUUUUACAGAAAUCUUAACAUGCAUAAAUAUGGUAUUUGAAGGCAUGAGUCUAUUCAACAAACAGCAUAUCAAAUCAAAAUAAAGAAAAUCGUGUUUCUGUUGAAGUGAGAUUGAAGCAGAGCAAGGCCGUAUAUCAUGCAAUAAAAUGAAAAAGACAAACUGUG